CUGCUGUUGCCAUUACCACAAAAUCGUUCGACAAACGACAUUUCACCAUUAAACGAAUACGACAGCAGCAUCGACAGCGCCAACCACAAUGAAACAUUUACACCGAAUUACACAUGUAAGAUGGCGUAUGACAUCAUCAUCAUCGUCGUCGUCAUCCAGAUCUACAAGCACCUUAUCCUCACUGUUUAGUAUACCUUGGCUACACUUAAGCUCAUUACUUCUAAUCCUGCUUAGUUAUCACCAACAUACUCAAGCGUUUUGUCCCUCAAAAUGCCAAUGUUUGGGUGGCGAUGCCAACAGUAAGGCCUUCUGUGUGAACGCCGCCCUGGAAGAUGUGCCAAUACAAUUGAAUCCCGAGACCAAAUACAUCAAUUUAACGCUGAACAAAAUACGCAACAUUCAAUUCACCCUGCCAUUCUAUAUGAAAUUGGAAAUACUGGAUUUGUCGCGUAACAUUAUCGAAACAUUGGGCUCGAAAAAUUUCGAAUAUCAAACGGAGAUGCGUACCCUGAAUCUCAGUCACAAUUCUGUGAGUUCGCUGCAAAAGGAUGCCUUCAAGGGUCUGAGUAAUUUGUUGGUAUUGGAUUUAAGUUAUAAUCGCAUUGACAUUGUCGAUCACACAGCCAUGAAUGACUUGACAUCGCUGGUGGAACUGGAUCUGACCAAUAAUAACAUUAUGAGCCUAGAGGAUAACACGUUUCGCAAUUUAAUGUCCUUGGAUAUACUGAUAUUUAAGAAUAAUCAAUUACUGGAUAUACCAGCCAAUAAUCUAAGACAUUUACAAUCGUUAAAGUCUCUAGAUUUAUCGGAUAAUUUGGUCGAAUAUAUACGCAACGAUAGCUUUGAAGGAUUGCGGGAACUGGUAACCUUGACUGUGAGAGGAAAUGUGAUAAGUGAAUUGGAUUUAAGUGCUUUUGAGGGUUUAAUAACCCUUAAGCAUAUGGAUAUAGCCAACAAUAAUUUAACGAUGGUACCCACCCAACAACUUUCGAAACUCUCCAAUUUAACACAUCUGACUUUGAGCGGAAAUCGUUUUACCAAUCUACCGGCUGUGGCUUUCCUAAAUUUGUUUCAUUUACGUGAAUUGCAUUUGAAUCGUUUGGAUUUUCUGCAACGCAUUGAUUCGAGAGCCUUUGUGGACAAUACUCAUUUGCAAAUUCUCCAUCUGAACAAUAAUCCCCUGCUCAGCGAUUUACCUAUGCGCCUGUUCCAAGGUAAUCCCAAUAUCGUUGAAGUCUAUAUGCAAGCGAACAGCCUUCAGACCCUUUAUGCAGCUCAAUUUCCAAUCGAUCAGUUGGAAAAACUCUAUCUGGGCGAUAACCCCUUGCAAUGUAACUGUACACUCUUUUGGCUGUGGCGUUUGGUAACUGGCAACUUCGAAAAUGGUAUACAAGGUCAGGACAUGAAACCGGGCAAUAUGAUGGGACAUCAUGAUGCCGGUUCGGUGGCAGCUUUAGGCUCUGAACCAAAUGCCGAUGGUGAAGAUGAUAACCUGAUACGUGUCGCAGCCUAUGUGGCCGAACGCAAAAAGGAUGUCACAGCUAAAUUCCAAAAUACAAACCCAUCGGUAGCCUCAAGUAGCGGUUAUCUAAAAUUAGAUGCCGAACGCAUUGGCUGUGAAGUGUGGCAUGACAACAAGAGAACACGCAAACAUUUAGCUGCCAUGACAGAAAGUGAAAUAACCUGCCCCGCACAUGUGGUGACAAUUGUGUGUGCUGUGUUAACAUGCCUCUUGGUGGUCAUGACAGGAGCCAGCAUCGUUUUCUAUAUGCGAUUUGUUAAACGCCGCCGAAAGCUUAUGCACGAUCGCUCCCUGCGUUCCGGCAAAUCAAUUGUCAAUGUCCAUGAUCGGAUAUUGCCACAUCAGCCACUGAGUGCAGCUUCAAAUGGUGGUAUCGCCGGAACCCUAAUGAAUGGUGGCUAUCCACAUCACACAAUGCAGCCCCAGAGGACGACGCUCAAUCACAAUAUGCAUCCCAUGCAUCAUCAGGACUAUCAUCAGACUAUGCCGCAGGUGGACAAAUUGGAGUUGGAGAGAUAUUUGACAGCCCAGGCAAUAGCCAACGAGUACCGGGCCCUGAAACCCUGGGAAUUGCCACCUGUUAAGGAUUCCAAUACCUAUACUGAUGAGCCAGAACAUCUCUACGAAAAAUUCGAUCAUUACGACUAUCCGGAUGCCCACUCCAUGUCCAAAUCCUCAAAUGGUAAACUAAUGAUGGGCUCAACUACAUUAUCCUCUACCGGUGGUGGUGUUGGUGGCGGCGUUGGUAUUCAUGGCUAUGCCGGUGGCACUGGUACCAUGAGCAGCAGUGGCAUGAGUAGCAUGGGUGUAGGUAGUACAAGUAGUGUUGUUGGCGGUGUUGGUGGUGGUACUCUUAACAACAAACCCCAUAUAGUUUAUGUAUGAUACAAUGGUAGAGAAAAGAUGAUAAUCGAUAGCGAGCGAUCUUGUGCAUCAUCUAGUGAUACUGUGGCAUUAAGCAAUUGUUUAAAUAAUAAUUACGAUAAUACUA